AUACUUUCAUCCAUGAAGAGGGCCUAGGUGGGAGGAGUACUCUUAUUAAUAUAAAUAGCAAUGGCUUCCUCUUUGCUUUCCGGUCUCACCUCCCUCAACUCCAUCAGCAACUUCAAUAGCACACUCGUUCUUCACGCAGUGCAACCCAUCAUGCACACGUUUACCCCUCUCCUCCUGGUUGGCAGUCUUGCCCUCCAAGCUAUUCAUGCCUUUCCAAGUCCCAGCCGAGUUGAGGAACGGGAUGGCGAAAUCUUGAAACGUUCGGUGGACUCUUUCAUCGCCACUGAAAGUCCAAUUGCCAUGAAAAAUCUUUUGUGUAAUAUUGGAUCGAGCGGAGCUUGUGCUGCAGGAGCAUCCUCGGGCAUCGUGAUUGCUUCACCUGACAAAGUAAACCCAGACUGUGAGUGUUGCUCCAUUGCCUUGCACUGGCCGGACUCCUAAUACUUCAACAGAUUUUUACACUUGGACUCGAGACUCUGCAUUGGUCUUCAAGAACCUUGUAGAUACAUUCAUCAGCAGCACUUACUCUGCAUCACUUCAACAAGAGAUUGAAGACUAUAUCAGUGCCCAAGCCGGUCUUCAGACCGUAUCAAACCCUUCUGGUGAUCUCUCAUCCGGCGGUCUGGGCGAACCCAAGUUCAAUGUCGAUAGAACGGCUUUCACAGGUUAGCAAUGUCGAAAUCUCCCCCCUUGAUGUGUUACUGACAUGUGAACUGUACAGGAUCCUGGGGUCGUCCUCAAAGAGAUGGUCCAGCCUUACGUGCUACUGCUAUGAUUUCCUAUUCCAAAUGGUUGAUCGCCAACGGCUAUACCUCUACUGUGCAGAACAUCGUUUGGCCUAUUAUCAGAAAUGAUCUCUCAUACGUUACUCAAUACUGUAAGUUUUUUCGGACCUUUAUCAAAAAUCGCAAGAGACAAGAAGCAGUCUCGAAAUACACUUUUGCAUAGUUUUAUACUGACUAAAUAUACAGGGAACCAAACUGGUUUCGAUCUCUGGGAAGAGGUUCAAGGAUCAAGUUUCUUCACUGUCGCUGCUCAACAUCGUGCACUUGUUGAAGGUAGCGCAUUAGCCUCCCAGAUCGGUCAAAGCUGCGCCUAUUGUGAUUCUCAGUAAGUACAAAUGUAUGAAAUAUUUAGAUUAAGUGCUGAUUCAUUCUCUAGAGCCCCACAAGUUCUUUGCUUCCUCCAAAGCUUCUGGAGUCCAUCUUCUGGAUACAUCAUUUCCAACAUCAAUGAAAACAAUGGACGAUCAGGAAAAGAUGCGAACAGUAUCUUGAGUACUAUCCAGACCUUUGACCCUACUGCUGCAUGUGAUGCUUCCACAUUCCAGCCAUGCUCAGAUCGUGCUUUGGCAAACCACAAAGUUGUCACCGAUUCUUUCAGAUCGAUUUAUUCCAUCAACUCUGGAAUCGCCGAGGGAGUUGCAGUUGCUGUUGGACGUUAUCCAGAAGAUUCAUACCAAGGUGGUAACCCUUGGUACCUCAAUACUCUUGCCGCUGCUGAACAACUUUACGAUGCCUUGUACACCUGGAAUAAGCAAGGUUCCAUCACAGUGACCAGUACCUCCCUUGCAUUCUUCAAAGACUUCAGCUCUUCUGUCACAGCCGGAACAUACGCCUCUUCAACAUCAACCUACACUACUCUGUACAACGCUAUCAAAACAUACGCCGAUGGCUAUGUGAACAUCGUCGCAACCUACGCCCAAGCCAAUGGUUCCCUCUCAGAGCAAUUCAACCGAGCCGGAGGAGCCCCACUCUCAGCCUACGACCUCACCUGGUCCUACGCCGCCUUCCUCACCGCCGCCGCUCGUCGCGCAGGCGUCGUCCCAUACUCAUGGGGUGAGCCAUCCGCCAACAGCGUCCCCGGAAGCUGCUACUCAACAUCCGCAUACGGCACCUACUCCACCGCAACCGCCACCUCGUUCCCCGCAUCCCAAACCCCUAACGGAAGCGGAAGCGCCCCCGUCCCUACCACCACAACCAAGACCGGCUCCUCAACCACAACCAAGACCGGCUCCUCAACCACAACCACCACAUCCUCCUGCUCCAUCGCAACCUCCGUCGCUGUAACCUUCAACGAACUCAAAACUACAGCUUACGGCCAAACCAUCAAGAUCGCUGGUUCAAUUUCCCAAUUGGGUUCCUGGGCUCCUGCUUCCGCUGUCGCGUUGAGCGCUAGUCAAUACACCUCCAGCAACCCAUUGUGGAGCGUCACUAUUAACUUACCCGCCGGAACCGCCAUCCAGUAUAAAUUUAUCAACGUGGCGAGUGAUGGAACUGUUACUUGGGAGGCGGAUCCAAAUAGAAGUUACACCGUUCCGUCUAGUUGUGCAACCACCGCAACGGUUAGUGGAAGUUGGCAGUCGUAGAUGAGUUAUUUUUGAUCCUUCAUUCUUGGGAAGGAUUAAGGAUGGGAAUGUACUAGUGGAAGUUUUGAGUUCGGGGCUAGAUACUUGAGACGAAUGAAUGAAUGAAUGAAUAUAAAGAGAGGGCGUUAUU